AUGAGCUGGAGUGGGAAGGUGAGUAGAGCUCAUGCAGUGCGGAAUAAUGGAAGCCCUGGUGCCAGCCUGGUAGCCUGGGUGCCAGUCUGUGUGCUUUAGACAACUUGUUGUUUGGCAAGAUGUAGCUAGCGCAGACACGGUCUGGCACCCACUCAGGCUAGAUAUACUGAACAAAAAUAUAAACGCAACAUGUAAAGUGUUGGUCACAUGUUUCAUGAGCUGAAAUAAAAGAUCCCAGAAAUGUUCUAUUCGCACAAAAAGCUUAUUUCUCUAAAAUGUUGUGCACAAAUUUGUUUACAUCGCUGUUAGUGAGCAUUUCUCCUUUGCCAAGAUAAUCCAUCCACCUGACAGGUGUGGCAUAUCAAGAAGUGAAUUAAACAGCAUGAUCAUUACACAGGUGCACCUUGUGCUGGGGACAAUAAAAGGCCACUCUAAAAUGUGCAGUUUUGUCACACAACACAAUGCCACAGAUGUCUCACGUUUUGAGGGAGCGUGCUGACUGCAGGAAUGUCCAACAGAGCUGUUGCCAGAGAAUUGAAUGUUAAUUUCUCUACUAUAAGCCACCUCCAACGUUGUUUUAGAGUAUUUGGCAGUACGUCCAACCGGCCUCACAACCGCAGACCACAUGUAACCACGCCAGCCCAGGACCUCCACACCCGGAUUCUUUACCUGAAGGAUCGUCUGAGACCAGCCACCCGGACAGCUGAUGAAACUGUGGGUUUGCACAAACUGUCAGAAACCGUCUCAGGUAACCUCACCUGCGUGCUCGUCAUCCUCACCAGGGUCUUGACGUGACUGCAGUUAGGCGUCGUAACCGACUUCAGUGGGCAAAUGCUCACUUUCAAUGGCCACUGGCACACUGGAGAAGUGUGCUCUUCACGGAUGAAUCCCGGUUUCAACUGUACCAGGCAGAUGGCAGACAGCGUGUAGGGCGUUGUGUGGGCAAGCGGUUUGCUGAUGUCAACCUUGUGAACAGAGUGCCCCAUGGUGGGAGAGGGGUUAUGGUAUGGGCAGGCAUAAGUUAUGGACAAUGAACACAAUUGCAUUUUAUCGAUGGCAAUUUGAAUGCACAGAGAUAUCGUGACGAGAUCCUGAGGCCCAUUGUUGUGCCAUUCAUCCGUCCGCCAUCACCUCACGUUUCAGCAUGAUAUUGCACGGCCCCAUGUCGCAAGGAUCUGUAUACAAUUCCUGGAAGAUGAAAAUUUCCCAGUUCUUCCAUGGCCUGCAUACUCACCAGACGUCACCCAUUGAGCAUGUUUGGGAUGCUCUGGAUGGACGUGUACGACAGAGUGUUCCAGUUCCUGCCAAUAACCAGCAACUUCGCACAGUCAUUGAACAGGAGUGGGACAACAUUCCACAGGCCACAAUCCACAGUCUAAUCAACUCUAUGCGAAGGAGAUGUGUCGCGCUGCAUGAGGCAAAUGGUGGUCACACCAGAUACUGACACACCAGAUACACGUCCCUAGCUUUUUUUUAAAGGUACAGUCUCUGUGACCAACAGAUGCAUAUCUGUUUUUCCAGUCAUGUGAAAUCCAUAUAUUUUUGUUGAGUGUAAAUAGCUGCGUUGUACACUAAUGUUAACAUCUAGACUAUUAGACUACAGCUAAACAGCACAGCAGCUAAGAAACAUGAAGAGAAGUACAAAGGUGAUGACGUAAAACAAAUCCAUUAUGUCUCACUAAUAUACAUACAUUUGUUUUUAACCAACUUCACAUUAUAGCAUAAACACCUUUCAACUUUUCACUAUGUACAUCCAGAUGACACGCCAGUAGCCAACGCCAAAGCGGGGCCUGGUGACAGAGAGGAGGAGGAUUGUGCUGAUGGGACAGGGGGUAACGGGCGCCUGUGGAGGACGGUGAUCAUUGGGGAGCAGGAGCACCGCAUCGACAUGCAGGUCAUCAGGCCAUACCUCCGCGUCAUCACCCAUGGGGGUCAGUAUCCAGCCAACAGCAUCCAGCCAGAGCCAUAGAUACUGUAUACAUAGUUAAACUAAUUACAAUUGAAUUGUCAUGGAACUUUUGAUGCCAACAUGGUGCCCAUUCAAUCUCAAACUGAGUUGACGUCUGUAUAUGUCUGUAUAUUGAUGGUUCUGCAUCCAGAUAAUUGACACCAACGGGAUGAACUUACAGGCCAUGUCAACUGUCACUCUCCUCGCCCUCUGCAGGUUACUAUGGCGAGGGUUUGAAUGCCAUCAUAGUGUUCUCAGCCUGCUACCUGCCCGACAGCAGCUGUGCAGAUUACCACUACAUCAUGGAGAACCUCUUCCUGUGAGUAAUUGGAUUUACAAAUUGCAGAGAUACUGAUUUAUGGCAAGAGGCACACAUGCCCAGCUACUACAGAGUGAUAUUUAAAACUAGGUCAUCAUGCCUGGGAUACUAUCAUUGAAUGCAGAGAUAUCAUGUUAUACAUCACAUAAGAAUUUUGUAUUGAAGAUUUAUGCUGCCAGAAAAUAGAACUGGAGAUUUCUUUAGUGCUUGCCAUGGCAGCAAUGAAAUAAACCUCAAUAUUUUUCCCUUCCUCAUUGCCAUCUCAGGUAUGUGGUCAGCAGUCUAGAAAUGCUGGUUGCUGAGGACUAUUUGAUCAUCUACAUGAAUGGAGCCACACCGCGGGGCAAGAUGCCGGGCAUAGGAUGGCUGAAGAAAUGCUAUCAGAUGAUUGAUAGGAGGUAAGGAUAUUUAUAUCUUAUACACCACUGCAUGACAAAAGCGAUCAUUCAUACUGUCGGCAUAGGAUGGAUGUGCAUAACACAAAUGUUGACUGACUCUCAGGAGAAACUAAUGGGGAGUAAUUGAGCUUGUCACUGCUACUGGCAGUCAAUGGGAAAUGGGGAUUGACUCAUACUAGGCUGCUUGAUAGAUUCUUCCAGCACUAUGGGAUGUAUGUAUUGCCUUAUUUCAACUAUUUAUUUCUGUUGUCCCUGAAGGCUGAGGAAGAAUCUGAAGUCUCUGGUCAUCGCCCACCCCACCUGGUUCAUCCGCACUGUGCUGGCCAUAUCCAGGCCCUUCAUCAGGUGACCACAGAACAACAACAACACACAACAUCAUGUUAAAGAUGCACACCAGGAUCUUAAACACAACAAAUUCGUAACAUAUAGUACGAAUUGGAUUCGUAACCUAUCAUAUGAAUUGCAAAAAAAAUUUAAUAUAUAUAUAUAUUUUUUUUGGGGGGGGGCAUGACGUAAAAUAUUAUACGAAAUGGAUGACGUGGUACACAAUUUUAUGGCGUAGUACACCACUUUUGGCUCAUGAGCAGCACUUUCAAAACUUCUGGCUGAAAUUAUACAAAAGUUUGAGAGCAUUUUUUAUAAUACAGUUAUGCUACAUAUCACCACUGUGACGGAUAACUAAUAGUUGUACAGUCGUGGUCAAAAGUUUUGAGAAUGACACAAAUAUUCAUUUUCACAAAGUCUACUGCCUCAGUUUUUAUGAUGGCAAUUUGCAUAUACUCCAGAAUGUUAUGAAGAGUGAUCAGAUGAAUUGCAAUUAAUUGCAAAGUCCCUCUUUGCCAUGAAAAUUGAACUUAAUCCCCAAAAAACAUUUCCACUGCAUUUCAGCCCUGCCACAAAAGGACCAGCUGACAUCAUGUCAGUGAUUCUCUCGUUAACACAGGUGAGAGUGUUGACGAGGACAAGGCUGGAGAUCACUCUGUCAUGCUGAUUGAGUUAGAAUAACAGACUGGAAGCUUUAAAAGGAGGGUGGUGCUUGAAAUCAUUGUUCUUCCUCUGUUAACCAUGGUUACCUGCAAGGAAACACGUGCUGUCAUCAAUGAUUUGCACAAAAAGGGCUUCACAGGCAAGGAUAUUGCUGCUAGUAAGAUUGCACCUAAAUCAACCAUUUAUCGGAUCAUCAAGAACUUCAAGGAGAGAGGUUCAAUUGUUGUGAAGAAGGCUUCAGGGCGCCCAAGAAAGUCCAGCAUGCACCAGGACCGUCUCCUAAAGUUGAUUCAGCUGCGGGAUCGGGGCACCACCAGUGCAGAGCUUGCUCAGGCAUGGCAGCAGGCAGGUGUGAGUGCAUCUGCACGCACAGUGAGGUGAAGACUUUUGGAGGAUGGCCUGGUGUCAAGAAGGGCAGCGAGGAAGCCACUUCUCUCCAGGAAAAACUUCAGGGACAGACUGAUAUUCUGCAAAAGGUACAGGGAUUGGACUGCUGAGGACUGGGGUAAAGUCAUUUUCUCUGAUGAAUCCCCUUUCCGAUUGUUUGGGGCAUCCGGAAAAAAAGGUGAGCGCUACCAUCAGUCCUGUGUCAUGCCAACAGUAAAGCAUCCUGAGACCAUUCGUGUGUGUGGGGUUGCUUCUCAUCCAAGGGAGUGGGCUCACUCACAAUUUUGCCUAAGAACACAGCCAUGAAUAAAGAAUGGUAACAACACAUCCUCCGAGAGCAACUUCUCCCAACCAUCCAAGAACAGUUUGGUGACGAACAAUGCCUUUUCCAGCAUGAUGGAGCAUUUUGCCAUAAGGCAAAAGUGAUAACUAAGUGGCUCGGGGAACAAAACAUCGACAUUUUGGGUCCAUGGCCAGGAAACUCCCCAGACCUUUAUCCCAUUGAGAACUUGUGGCCAAUCCUCAAGAGGCGGGUGGACAAACAAAAACCCACAAAUUCUGACAAACUCCAAGCAUUGAUUAUGCAGGAAUGGGCUGCCAUCAGUCAGAAUUUGUAAGUCGCUCUGGAUAAGAGCGUCUGCUAAAUGACGUAAAUGUAAAUGUAAUAUGUGGCCCAGAAGUUAAUUGACAGCACGCCAGGGCAGAUUGCAAAGGUCUUGAAAAAGAAGGGUCAACACUGCAAAUAUUGACUAUUUGCAUAAACUUAAUGUAAUUGUCAAUAAAAGCUUUUGACACUUAUGGAAUGCUUGUAAUUAUACUUCAGUAUACCAUAGUAACAUCUGACAAAAAUAUCUAAAAACAUUGAAGCAGCAAACUUUGUGAAGACCAAUACUUGUGUCAUUCUCAAAACUUUUGACCACAACUGUACACAUAACACCAAUAUAACUGGUUGUUGUUAUUAUCCUGUUCUAUUUGCAGUGUGAAGUUUAUGAAUAAGAUCCAGUAUGUGCACAGUCUGGAUGAGCUGGCAGAGAUAGUCCCCAUGGAACAUGUGCAGGUCCCGGAGUGUGUGGUGCAGUAAGUAUCAUCGACCACUAUGGGGAGUAACUAAGCUGAAGACUUGACUCCCACCUGACUCCCACCAUCAUUCACUGACUUGUAGUGAUUUGCAAUUUUGCAGACUAAUAAAUUAUGUAAACUUGCAAGCCAAUAAUUUUUCCCUCCGUGAAUAGACAUGGAUGCCUGGCAGAGACUUUGAGGCAGUAAAUAAGUCAUAGAAGAACACAUUUGAAUAUCAAAGGUUUUCAGAUUUUGUUUGUCAGCCCAAAAAAAUAUGUAAGAUAGGAUCUGUAUUCCAACUCUUGGGAAAGGACUUGGAUCAGAAUAGUGAUCUUAAUCUUUUAUUUUUACAGAUUUGAGGAGGAGAGGAUCAAAGCUCGGAAAGAAAGGUAAAACACAUUUUCAUCUUAUUUUUUUGAUUGAAUUAACCAGGUAUACAUGCCAUGCUCAUGCUCAAUCAGGGGUGAUCCAUGCUGUAUCCUCAGUCAGUUCAUUCAUCAAGCUUUUAUACAAGUGUUGUCUCCCUCUGCUUGUACAGGAUGGAGCAGGAACAGCGGCAGCAGGAGCAUCCAAACCCACAGGUGUCUUCUUCAGCCAAGGCAGAGAGGUAG